AAAUCAGAAUUCGGCUAAAAACCUUGCAGCCGAUGCUCCGAUGAAAGAUAGUUUUUUUUUUGGUUUUGGUUCCGUCUUGUUUACCUGUCAAACCAAUUUUUGUUGCUGUCAAUGUCAUUAAUUCAACAUGUGUUUGAAGUACUCGUUUGUGUAAUGCACUUGCAUUUUAUGAAUUUAAUCAUAACCAAAAGGCAACUUCAAGAUUUGCCGUUGAUUAUUUAUUUUAAAAGUUAAUUGUUUGAAAAUUCACUAAUAAAAGUUUGUCCAGUACAAAAAUACUUUUGGUGUAAUUUUAAAGUAUAGGUUAUUUAUACUUUGCAAUCAUAGAAAAUUGAUUUACUUUCAAGAGUAAAUAUAAACUAAAAAUAAAUAAAAUUUGUAUACAAUGGAUUUUGCAAGAAAGCAGUUGGAAAAGUAUGGUUGGAGUGCAGGCAAAGGGCUUGGUAAGCAUGAGAAUGGAAUUUCCGAAGCACUGAAACCAAAGCUAAAGAGAAGUGUAGCGGGAGUUGGGCAUGAUCCUGCAGCUGACUUCACAGAGCAUUGGUGGAAUGAUUUAUACAACAAAGCUGCAAAGAACUUGGAGGUUGAGAAUAAAAAUGGAAAAACCAAAAGAAUCAAAAGAAAGGACUCAUCAGAAUUUGAAAUAACAAAUAACACUUGGCAGAUCAAAAAAAGUAAGAGAGAUGAAAAAUCUGAUCAACAGUACACAGACUUUUUUGUUAAAACAGCCAUUUUGAAUAAUGGAGAAUCAAAAGUUGAAAAUGUUAAUGAAAGUGAUUUGGAAAUUGAAAAAACUGUAAAAGAUGUAUUUAAAAUGACCGAUGAAGAAUUAUUUGCAGCUUGUGAAGGCAGAACAGCACAUAAAGGUGCACGCCAUGGACUUAAAGCUUUGGGUAAAUUAGCAAGAAUAGAGCAACAGGAGCAAGUUCUAUUAAAUCAAGAUAAAUAUAUUGGUUAUUCUCACACAAAGAAAGGUAAAAGUAUAGAAGAUAAGAGAAAAGUCAAUGAUCUAAUUGUGGAAAAUAAUAGUUUGGAAAAUGAUACUGACAGUAUGCCUGUAAAAAUUAAAAAGAAAAAGAAAAAACGCGAUAAAGACUUAGACGAAAAAUGUGAAACAAAUGGUAAUGAAAUUCAUGUAAUAGAUCUAGAAACAGGUAAUGAAAAAGAAAAGGAAAUAUACGAGAUAGUUGAUGAUAAUAUUGUUAACGUUAAGAAAAAUAAAAAAAGAAAAUAUAAGGAAAUAGUGAAAGAAACAAAAGAAAAUACAAACAAAAAAGAAAAAGACGAUUCUGAUGAUGCCAGUGAUAUUAGUGAGUUAACUUUAGAUGAUCUGUUUCCAGACCAUGAUGAUUUAGACUCUAAAUCUAUUAGAAACUCUAAAAAGAAAAGAAAAAAAGCAAAAUAAAAGUUGUUA